AUGGCACCCCCUACCCUCGUCGACGAAGAGUUGAGUUGCACCGCCCACCUUGUCCUGUUGGAGAAUCACGGUUGACAUUCUCUCUCUCUCUCUGACUUGUGGCGCCCGGCCGUGUUCCGGCUAUGGACCUCAACCCAACCCGCGCAACUCGUCGCCGCCCCACUUGGCUUAUCCGCACGGCUCCAUCUUGCGUGCCAUCGAUCCCUCCAUCAUCGAUUGCUUCCUGCUGGGGAUCUAUUCUCGCAUCCGUCCUACCAACAGCCUCGAUGAUCUCGAUGACAUCGUCACAGCAGGAGCACCCACCGCCAAACCGACCACCACCACGACCACCACCUCCACGAUCGACGACGAGCGCGACUUCCCCGACCCCGAAGAAGCCUUGGCCCUUCCCAGCGACUCAACACUACCCUUUGGACUAGGCGCCGCAGGAGCAGGCUCAGAAGGCGAUGCCGCCUUGGCCGCCGAAAUGGAGAAGAACAUGUCGUCCCUCUUCGCUGGCCUCGGUCCGGGCGAAGAAGAAGAGUUCAAAAAGAUGAUGCAGCAACUCAUGAGUGGUCAAGGUUUGGACGCCUUGGGAUUCGGAGACGAUGAUGGCGCAGGGGGGGCGCAAGGAUCGGCUGGACCGGAUGGGGAUGAUACAGAGUUGUUGAGUCAGUUGAUGGCUGCCAUGGGAGCGGGAGCGGCAGGCUUGGCUACGUCGGAGGCGUCCCAGCCCGAUCCGACGACUAAAGGGAAAGCCACACAAGCUUUCUCGACUACAACAACAUCCACACCUUCUUCGACCCAACCGACAGCCCCCGUCAACUUCCAAGACGCGAUCAAAGCGUCCAUGUCCAAAGUGCAACAAUCCAACUCGGCCGUCGAUCAAGAAACCUCGGCCAAGACCGCCGCAGGAGCGAAUGCCGAUCCUCUGGCCGCGAUGAUGGCUUCCAUGGCCGGCCUGGAGGGCGGGGAAGAGGGUUUGCAGGGUAUGUUGGAUGAGAUGAUGGGCCAGUUGAUGAGUAGGGAGGUUCUGUAUGAGCCGUUGAAGGAAUUGAGUGACAAGGUGAGAUCCAGGAUCGCCAACCUUGACCUGGUCCUACAGCAAAGCUGAACUCCCCUUUUCGCCCCCCCCCCCCCCACAGUACCCGACCUACCUCUCCACCAACGAAGGCAAACUGCCUUCCGAAGACCUUAAACGCUUCCAAAUCCAAGCGACCGUUGUGUCCCAAAUCGUCUCCAAAUUCGAGGAACCCGGUGCCGAUAAAGCAGAAGAUCAAAUGACCCCUUCCGAAAAAGAACGGAAUACCCAACGUCGACAAGAAAUUACGGACCUAAUUGCUCAAAUGAACGAUUGUGGUGCGCCGCCAAAGGAGAUCAUGGGCGAGAUGCCACGUGAGUUGUUGAAUGAGAACUCCAGUCUGAUGAAAGCAUUGAUUUGGCCGCUGAGCUGACGGUUGCUUCUUGUUGACUUGGCUCCCCUCACAGCGGGGAUGGAGUUGGGUGCGGAUGGCGUGCCCAAGAUGCCGGAGGACUGCAUCAUUUCCUGA